CCUCUCCCCACAUUGCGCCCCGACUCGGACCCUACCACUACCAGAUACUACCGGAGACUCGCGAUUAACCUCUCACAAUGACUGGACGUGGUGGCCGCGGCGGAGGAAAGGUUCUCCUUCCCCCCAUCAACUUCAUUUUCAAGCUUCUACAGUCACGAGCGACCAUCUCGGUAUGGUUGUACGAGAACUUGGGUAUGCGCAUUGAGGGAAAGCUUAGGGGUUUUGACGAAUUCAUGAACCUCGUUAUCGACGACGCCAUCGAAGUCACUCUCGCCAAGAAAGACGCGCCAGAGGAAAGGCGCAAGGUCGGCCAGAUCCUGCUCAAGGGCGACAACAUUUCUCUCAUCCAGCAGCUCCAAUAAGCGCAAAAGCCUAUUCACUCUCCGCAUAGUCAUAGAGACAUACCAUGGGCACAGCGCAUAUAUCAGGCUUGGAGGGAGAUGACGCCGCGUAACACGGACAAUCUCGUUUGAAAGGUUCAUGGGAGGAUAUUAAGAUCCCACGCGACGGAGCUCGCCAUCACCGGUGAUCAAAGCGUCCAAACGGAAAUCGGAGGAAUCCAUGGGAACCGACUCGUUUGGCGGCAGGAACUGCUCAGUUAACGAGAGGCCAAC